AACCGACCGACCUGCCACGCCGACAAGGUAUGUUGAAAUCCUGUGCUGCUUGAUACCGUUCGACUGGCGACAUUCGUUUUACCGAUUGCGAUUUGCGAGCGAAGAAUUCGAAUUCGUCACGAACGGCUGAAUUGAGAUACCGGGACAGAAAGCUAACGAUUGGAUUUUUUCAAGAUGGGUGCCCUCAAAUACGUGGAAGAGAUUCAGAAGAAGAAGCAGUCCGAUGUGAUUCGCUUUCUGCUGCGUGUCCGUUGCUGGGAGCUCCGUCAACUGAACGCUAUCCACCGGGCUUCCCGUCCUUCUCGCCCCGACAAGGCUCGUCGUCUGGGCUACAAGGCCAAGCAGGGCUAUGUUGUCUACCGUGCCCGUGUCCGCCGUGGUGGCCGUAAGAGGCCUGUGCCCAAGGGUGCCACCUACGGUAAGCCUACCAACAUGGGUGUCAACCAGCUCAAGUACCAGCGCGCUCUCCGUGCCACCGCUGAGGAGCGUGUCGGCCGCCGCUGCGCCAACUUGCGUGUCCUGAACUCCUACUGGAUCAACCAGGACUCCACCUACAAGUACUACGAGGUUAUCCUCGUCGACCCCCAGCACAAGGCUAUCCGCCGCGAUGCCCGCAUCAACUGGAUCGCCAAGCCCGUCCACAAGCACCGCGAGGCUCGUGGUCUCACCUCGACCGGCAAGAAGUCCCGUGGUAUCAACAAGGGCCACCUCUUCAACAACACCCGCUCCGGCCGCCGUCACACCUGGAAGCGCCAGAACACCCAGUCUUACUGGAGAUACCGUUAAACUUGAUUGGGCUGAUCAAGGAAACGGUGGUUGGCGUUGGAAAAGCUUUGUUUUCGAGGGUGUGUUUCUUUUCAAAUCACAACUCGCUGCUAUGAUCAUGUCAUGUGGAUAUCAGGGUGCGAGCCUAAUGCAACCAUUCUUCUGAAUCGGAUGUUAGCCAAAAAAGAACAGGGAUUCCAAUUUUUCUCUAUCUUGUUUUAUUAUAACGAAGUAUGACGACUUUUCUUUUUCUUCAGUUUGGUUUGUUGGAUGCAACGUACAGAGUACGGAGUAGUAUAUCAGGGUUGGGCCGUAGAGCACCACGUGACCAUGUCUGAAGCAUUCCAUAGUCCCCCAGAGUCGGUCCCAUGGGAACAAAAGAAGCAUUGUCCAAUCCCAUAAACUUGAAUCUAG